UUUUUUUGCUGUCAAGUGGAAUAAAAAUUGAUCGUAUUUUGGCAAUACAACGGGUAUAUGUAAAGACAAGUAAGGAAACACUUAAGAAUGGCUAUAAUGCAAUCUUGUUGCUUUUGGAAAACGGUGCGCACAGGGAGCAUAGCAAGUGCCACAUACACUUUGCUAUACUUUGGCUUCUCUGCUGCGGUGAUGGUCAACACACUUUACGAUGAACACGAGUUUCUCGCUGGCAAUAGGAAACAUCCAGUGGGCGAAAGCAUUUUGGUCAGAGGAGAGAUAACACCAGCCAUUGUUAUCUUUAAUAUACUCUUUCUGAUUUGCUCCAUCUUCGUUGUUAUAGCUUCGUUGGUAAUGUUGGUGGGGUUGCAUCAGAAUCGUCGUGAAUUUCUGCUGCCCUGGCUUGUCUUUAUGCUGUGUGAUGUGCUAAUUGAACUUUUCCACUUGAUUUAUUUAUCAAUAACGCAAAUGGUGAAUUUUGACCCCAUCGUGGGUUUUAUAUUCACUAUCGAUUUCUUCAUUAUGUGUUUGAAUUCUUACUGUCUGCUGUGCGUGAUAUCGCAAUACCAAAAUUACCUGCAAGGACGCGGAUAUAGAGAUCAACAGAUGCUGGUAAGAAUUAGGAGUAUAAAACCGAUAGCCUAUAAGACAUAA